AACUUUGCAUACAGGGUAAAGUGUCUUAAGUCAACUAGACAACAAUCGAAGUAGGCCCAAAUUGUCAGGACAACACUUUUAUACAAGCUGUAAAUCGAUGGAUCAAUUUAGGGAUUAUGGCACAUUAGGGUUCCAAAAUUUGUAUUGAAGUGAAUCAAAGUAUCAAAGAAUCUUGAUCGAGAUACGCUGACUCAAGGUUAUAACUACGAACAGAAUGACAGCUAAAGUUAUCGCAAUUUGCGCAAUUUGCUUGACAAUAGUAUGUUACAGAGUAGAUGGUAAUGAAUGUGAUGAGGGCUGGACAUCGUUUGAUGACAACCUAUCUGUAUGCUACCUGUUCGCUUACAACCAAAAAAGUUGGAUUGAGGCGAAGGAAACAUGUGACGCUUUACAUUCCAAACUUGGAAAGAUAGACACUCGAGAUAAGGUGCAAUAUGUGCUGACAUCUCCCAUGAUUACAGGUGGAUGUAACGCUUUUUGGGUCGCCCCUCCCGAUAGACAGGGAAUGAAUGGUUUUAAUGCACACCCAAGUGAUUGUAUAGUUCUAACUAAUCAUCCUGCAACUCCAAACACACAUUGGGACUUUGAAUACUGUUUUACUCGUCAUUGUUUUAUAUGCGAAAAACGAAUUGUGUAAUUCCUCUAAUAUUAGAGGUUUUGAUGAAUCCAUCAGCAAUAAAAGUUUGUCUUCAUAUAAUG